AUGUCAAUAAAUAUUGUUUUGGAAGAGAUUAAAGGUACUCCUUCUUCAAUUAUCCCUUUAUUAUCAAUUUUACAUAAUGAUAAACAAAUUUUAUCUACCAUCACCAAAACUGAAUUAAAUCAUCUUAUUUCAAGAACAUUAAAUUUAGUUAGAUCAUCAGAUGUUUAUAAUAAAUGGUGUGGAAUCAAUUUAAUUAGAGUUAUAGUAGAAGAAUAUUCUAUAUUAGCUAGUGAAGGUAAUAAUUUAAUGAAUAGUUUAUUACAAGUUUUAGAAGCUUAUCAACAACAACAACAUCAUCAUCAUCAUCAAACUACUAUUGAUUUAAAAAUAUUGACUAGUUGUAUUGAAACAAUUAAUUAUAUGGGGGAUUUAAUUAGAGGUAAACCCACUUUAACUAGAGAAAUAUUAACACCAAAAUUGAAUUCGAUCAUUGGUUAUUAUUUCCAAUAUUUACAUUUUGCUCCAUUAUUAAUUUUAAAUUCAUUACAAACAUUAUUAAAAUUCCAUCCAACGACAUUUAGACCAUUUGGUAAUAAAUUGAAAACUAAAUUAAUUAAUUUAAUUGAUGGUGGUGGUGGUGAAGAAUUUAUAAAUUAUCCUCAAGAUUUACAAUUAUCAAUUUAUAAUACAUUAGCUAUGCUUCCAAUUAUUGAAAAAAUUGAACCAGAAACAAAAUGGUAUAAUGAUGUGAUUAAUAUUCUUGGAGAAAUUAAUGGAUUAAUUCAAAUUUAUCAAGAAUUUUUGAAUUUUAAAGAUGAUCAAGAUUUAUCUAAUUUGAUUCAAAAAUUACCUAAUCGACCAACAACAACAACAACCACUACUAAACUAUUAACUGAUUUAUCAAUUGAUUUUAAUAAACCUCAAACCAUUUUAUCUAUUUCUAAUCAUUUAAAUAUUCUUAUGGGUGUUUUAAAAAGUUAUUUGACGGUGGAAACUUUAUUUACAGUGAAAUUACCUCUUGGAUUGAUUUUAACAACUUGUGAAUUAAUAUGUUCAAUUAAUACAAAAUUUUUAUCAUUUAAAGGAGAUAUUCGUGAUGAAACAAUCAAGAAAUUAAUCAAAUUUAGUUUAAUUGAAAAUUAUAAAACCACACUAGGAGUUUUAAUUGAAUUAAUUGAAUUAUAUAAAGGGUCAUUAAUUCCUCAUUUAACUACAAUUUGGUCAUUUUUAGAAACAUUAAUUCCAUUUCAAAAUCAAAAUAAAAGAAUUGUCAAUGAAGAAAUUAUUGAAUCAGAAUCAUUAUACGUUGAAAUAUUACAAUUUAUGAAACAAAGUUUAUCUUUAUUAGGUAAUGUUUCUGAAAAUACUCAAUUAUUAAGAUUUGUUGAUAUGGCAUUAAUAUUAGUUGAACCAAGAAUCAAUCCAACUACCACCACCACCACCACCAACAACAACAACAACAACAACAAUACUAAACAGACUAACGUCCAACAAGGUAAAAAACAAAAGAAAAGGAAAAAUACUUCAUCAGUGGCAUUAUCAGAUAUAUUAUCUCAUGAACAUUUAUUCAUGACCAAUAUUCCUACUAUUACAAUCACGACCGUUCGAUCAUUUAUUAAUCAAAUCAUUACAAAAAUUAUAUUACCACCAACUCAACAUUAUAAAAUCAUGAGAUAUUUAAUAAUUGAAUCAAUUCAUGCUAAAUAUUAUAAUUUAUAUCAUAAUGUUCCAAUUGAAUUGAAAAAAUUAUUAAUUAAUGCCGUUUUAUAUCCUGGUUAUGAUAAAAUUAGUAUUUUACCAAUUAUAUCAACGAUAUUAUCAGAUGAUCCAUUAUUAGGAGUUUUCAAUAAUCCAAAAUUCCCUCCAUUACCAAAAUAUAUUAAUUUAGUUAAUAACAUUGAGGAAGAGGAACAAAAAGAGGAACAAGAAGAAGAUGCGAUUAUUGAGGAUGAAGUGGAAGAACCUAUUAAAGAAGAGUUAACAACACCAUUGAAAAAGAGAAAAUUGGAUAUUGAAUCAAAUGAAGAAACUGAUAAUAAUAAUAUUAUCCCUGUUGAAGAUCAAUCUAAGAUUUUCACUGCCACUAAAGUUGAAAAAUUGACAACAACAACAACAUCAUCAAUUGAGAAUAAUCCUGUUGUGAUUGAAGAAUUAACAUCUUCUAAAGAAAUUGUUGUUGAAUCACCAGUUGAUGAACCAACUAAAGUUGAUAACAUAAUACCAACUACCACUACUACUACUACUACAACAACUUCUUUAACAUCAAAUACUGCUAAUGCAAAUGAUGAUAAUGAUAAUGAUGAUGAUGAUGAAUCUUCUGAUUUUGAAAUGCCUGAAAUCAAUCUUGAUCAAGAUUCUGAUGAUGAAUGA